UCGAACACCAGCGCGAGCGAGGGGCCGGUGUGCGGGGGCGGGGGAUCGAACCCAGUGCCGGUGCGUGUUAACACUUUGUCGAUUCGAUCCGGGGACAGUUGGUCAUGGUGGCGGGAUCACGCCGUCGCGCUAGUGAACACCUUGGCUCUUCUUCUACUAGUGGCAAGCGCCCUAGAUAUGGCGCCUCCUCUUCUUCCUCCACACCCACAUUGCUAGGGCGCGGGGGGCGCGCCUCGUCUAGGGCUGCCAAUGGCGCGCGGGCGUCGUCGUCCGUGGUGGCGGACGAUCCCGAUUUCGAGCCGGGGGAUUCCGAGUGCGUGGCGCUGCCCGAGGAUUCUUGGUUUGGGGCGGAGGAGGCGGCCGCGGCGAUCGUUCCAGUUGUCGAGGAUGCCGAUGUCUCUGCUGCUACUGCCGCAGCUUCAUCGUCGGCCAUGCCGCUGUGCUCCGGCCCUCCAGCACAGGCUUUCGCGCUCUCCGCCACUCCUCUCUACCCUAAUUCCGUCAGGUGGUCUGAGGACAACCUCCUUGCAGUUGCCGCUGGACAUAUGGUCACUAUACUGAAUCCAGCAUCGCUGUCGGGUCCCCGGAGCUUUGUGUCCGUCUCCGUGAAGCCGAGCUUCGAUUUUGGCACCGUGAAUCGUGAUGAGUUAAAGCAUCAUUUGCUGAUGCCGCUUACGCUCUCGAGGGAUUCUCGUGCCGUGGUUCGCUCGAUCGAUUGGUCUCCGCAAGGUGUUGGAUCCCAUGGAGGAUGUCUUCUUGCGGUUGCCACGACAGAUUAUCGAGUGAAGCUGCACUCGCCACCCAUGUCCGAGUAUCGAUCUGAGUGGAUCGAGUUGUUAGACGUUUCAGAGAUGAUGUUUGAGUAUUGUAUGAAGUUUGAGUUUUUGGAAACGGAAGCAUCGUUUGACAUGAUGUCAGAUGGCAUAGCUUUCAACAGAGCUUACAAGAGGCAAGGACAAAUGUCCCCAGCUGAGGAUCUGCUUCAGAAAAGGAGGAGAACUAGCACACCGGAGGCUUCAGUACUUGGAAUGGAGGCUGGAAAUUUGCUUAACCGUCCUCCUGUUCUAUGGGAUGGGCAAGCAUCUCUUGCUUCAGCCCAUAUGAAACCUCUUGCAAACGACGGCAUGGCGGAUGAUGCCAUGAAGAAACGCGGUAGAAGAGGGACUUACAGUGAACAGCUUUCAGGCUCUGCUGAUGUUGAAGGUUUCGACGACGGAAAACAAACUAAAAAGAGAAAACAGCUGAGAGUCAAAGAUGGACAGCUCUCGAAUCUAACCGUCACCGCGCCCCAAUACAUGACAAGGAGUUCAAUGCUGGCCUCUCUAGCCUUGGCAUGGUCCUCGAAGUGCUCUUGCUGUGAUAGCAACUCGCGAGUUUUUAGUGCUGUUUUUCUGUCGGUUGGGACGAAGUCUGGCAUGGUUGGCUUCUGGCGGCUAUCAACACCUGACGUAUACUCGGUUGAAAAAGUGCUACCGCUACCAGACGUAAGCUUUAUCGGCUUCUUAAACGCACACGAGUCCUGGGUGACUGCACUUGAUUGGGCGGCUGGAGCUUCAACUGAUCAAGUUCUUCUGGCAACCGGAAGCUCUGAUGGGAGUGUCAAGUUGUGGCAAGGAGAUACAAGAGUAUUGAUGCAGUGGCAACCGUCGGCGCUUUUCCUCCCCUGGACACUUCUCUUUCAGGUUACUGGUGUCGACAGUGUGCCAGUGACGUCUUUGGCCUUGAAAUAUUCAAUUGAGGCGGAUAAUAUUCUUAUUGUCGUUGGAAAAGGAUCCGGUAGCGUUUUAGCUUGUGAAUUAACAAGUGCAGGCCAGUGCUCUCGCAGGGCUUGCCUUCCACGGGCUCACGACCAAGCGGUUAUGGGAGUUUGCUGGUCUGCAGACAAAGAUCAGAUAUACUCGUGUGGCCAGGAUAACAUGCUUCAACUGUGGGAAUUCGCUGAUACGCAACUCGUAGCCGUGGAGACUUCCCUUUUGGCAUCUGAGGUCCCGGCAACUGCUCCUGACCUUCCGGCAUCGGCGUUGGAAUCGUUUUUUGGUGUUGCACUGUCACCUGCAAAUCUUUCUCUUGCAAUGGUAAGAGGAAUUGCUGCUGAAGCUGUAGAUCCGAUGUAUCAAUCCAGGUCACAAAAGGGUAUUGUACAACUGGUCUGGGUCGGACAAGACGAAAAUAUCGUAAAAGCUGAUUGUUUCGACGAUCCGAGUGCUGGUAGAUCGGCUUAUACUAUUGCUGCAAGCUGGGAGACAAAAAUCAUAUCGGCAUUCUCUCAUCUAGAUCGUCGAGCCUCGUUCGUCCUAUGGGAUUUGCUGACAGUUCUAUCAUUUCUCAAGCAACUCUGUGGAGGAGAGAUACUGGGGUCCGUUUUUCAGAAAUGGCUCUCAAAUUGGAGUUUCGUAAACACGGGUACUAUCGAGGCUUGCUGCUGGUCAACAGAAGCUCUCAAGACGUGCUUACCAAGCUUGAGUUGUCGAUGCCUACAGACAAUGAUCGUGAUCUUUCGAAGGAUAAUCCUACAGGACUUGAAACUUGGACUACUUACAGAAGGGUUGGAAGCCAUGCACAAUUCUGGAUCACGUACCCAGUUAACUUCAGAGCAGCAAACGUGGCUGGAAAUCCUUUGGUGCAUGGAGCACGAGCUAAGAGAGAGGCUGAUGUUCCUGGCUUUGCUCACGGCUUUGUGGUGCAAGUCCCCUCAAGCAGAGAAUGCCCAAGCUAGUGUCAAGAUGGAAGCCAGGCUACCAACAGCAUUUUUGAUGUCCGACUGGAUCCUCUUGAACUCGUCAAAGGUUUCUCCUCAACUGCUGCAGCUCGCCACUGAAGUGCAUAAAGUUUAUAACAGAUCUGGAUCAAGUUCACAAGAGCGCUGCAGCUACUGCGAGCAAACGGUUCCCUUGGAGUACCUUGAAGUUGGCUAUUGCCGCGCAGAGGGAAUCAACACGAGAAUAAACCAUCGGUUGCAGCGGUGCUCGGCUUCCUUGCAGAUCUCCCUCCCUGGUCCGUCGUGGUAUUGUACGUGCUGCGGUCGAAACGCCUUCCAACAGGUUCCAGAGUUUUUUUUCUCCUUGACGUCGAGGGUCCAGAUUGAGAGGCUGCCUUCGAUUGUGGUGCUGGAGCCCGUUGUGUCGCGGUGUCCCUUUUGCGGAAUCCUGAUGCAGAGGAUCUUACCGGAGUUUUUCCUCACACCGUCUCUGGUGUAAGUAAUGAGGCUGGUAGUUCUCAGUGCUGUGUAUGUAACGGAAAACGCUUGUAAAAUAUGAUGAGAGAGAAACUGAUUAUCAAGCAAGCUGGUAACACACUUUUCUUUGAGAUAUG